AAACGACCUUGACAUCAUCUUUAAAUACGGUCACAUGCUUGCGUUCUUACAUUUGUAAUCAAACCAAAGACAUAAACGUUUAAAUAUGAACUCACUGAAGAUGGAAAAUGGUUAUUCCAUCCCUAUUCUUGGGCUUGGAACAUGGAAUAGUGCACCUGGUGAAGUUGGUGCAGCUGUGAAGAAAGCCUUGGAAAUUGGUUAUCGCCAUUUAGAUUGUGCUUAUCUGUACGCUAACGAAGCAGAAAUUGGUGAAGCAUUGGAGGAAUCAAUGAAGGAGCUCAAUUUAAAGAGGGAGGAUAUUUUCAUAACUUCCAAGUUAUGGAAUACAUUUUUCCGUCCAGAAAACGUGAGAAAGGGAUGUGAAGCUAGCUUGAAGAAUUUACGUCUAAAGUAUUUAGAUUUGUUUCUGGUUCAUUGGCCGGUCCCACUUGAACCUGGUAAAGGGUGUUUACCUACAAAAGAAGAUGGAAAGUUUUGUUUGGAUAUUGUGCCCCAUCUAGAAACAUGGAAGGAAAUGGAGAAAUUGGUCGAUGAAGGUUUAGUAAAAUCUAUUGGCCUUUCAAAUUUCAAUAAACGACAAAUUGAAAAUAUCCUUAAACAUUGCCGAAUUAAACCAGUCAAUCUGCAGAUUGAAAUCCAUGCAAACUUUCCAAAUAUUAAAUUGGUUGAAUAUGCACAAUCAGUUGGUAUGACUGUGACUGCCUAUGCACCUUUGGGUUCACCUACGGGUUUCCCGGGAAAAACAGAUCUGCUUACAGAACCAUGGGUUGUGGCAAUCGCUGAACGUCACAAAAAGACACCAGGUCAAGUUCUUAUACGCUACUUGGUUCAGAGGAAUCUUAUUGUAGUUCCUAAGUCUGUAACACCGAAAAGAAUUGAAGAAAACUUCCAGGUAUUCGAUUUUCAACUAUCCGAUGAAGAAAUGCAUGAUUUAAAUACUAAAGGUUUGAAUGACCGUCAGUUCAAAUUGUUACAAAUGAGUGAUCAUCCUGAAUAUCCAUUCAAUGAUGAAUAUUAAUGAAGAUGUGAAAAAACUAAAGGGGAAAUGAGAAAACUUUGAAAAAACAACUAUCGUUGCUAUACGUUCAUAUUCCCCUUUGGACAUAAAUCUUGGUUUAUUAAUCGAUUCAUAUUGCUGCAGACCUCUGUAUGAUGUAUGUGUGUUUGUGUAUGUAGAGAACAUGCUACGAAAUAUAAUGCCCUUUCUUAAAUAAAA